CACGGAGACAGACACGCGCCGGAGGAGAGACAGACACAAAGGCAGAGAGAGAGCGGGAGACGCACAGAACCACCGAAUCAGCCCCUACGGAGAAGGGGAGAGAGACACGUCCACGAAGACAGAGGGACACAUAGCCGGGAAGGGAGGGACACAGAGACAUGCGGAGACUGGGAGAAGAACGAGACACAUAAGACACUCGGACACUUAGCGAUGGGGACGCACAGAGACAAAUGCGAAGAGAUACCCAGAGAGACAGGCAGCCACGCACGGUGACAGAGGCUCAAAGACUGCAGGUGGGCACCUGGGAAUCACUCUGUGCAAGACAGGACAGCCUCCUUGAAAAGCUGACCAUACGGAGUCUGAUUCGGCAUGGGCCUUGCCACUGAGGCAGCUCUGCUCUCUGUGCUGAUCUGAGGGUGCUGCCUGUCAUGGGGGCAGCCAUCUCCCAAGGGGCCCUCAUCGCCAUCGUCUGUAACGGCCUUGUAGGCUUCUUGCUGCUGCUUCUUUGGGUCAUUCUCUGCUGGGCCUGCCACUCUCGCUCUGCUGACGUUGAUUCUCUCUCUGAAUCCAGUCCCAACUCCAGCCCUGGUCCUUGUCCUGAGAAGGCGCCACCACCCCAGAAGCCUAGCCAUGAAGGCAGCUACCUGCUGCAGCCCUGAAGGCCCUUGGUCUACCCUGGAGCCUGGGACCUAAGCCUGGAAUCAGGAUCUCCAAGUUGGGUCAGCCUGGGGUCCAGAACUACUUGGAUCUGGACCCAACAGCCCAGACUCUAGCCAGCCUGGCUCCAAGAGAGGCUCUGGAGAGAUAGGCUUGGGGUGGGAGUUUAGGAGUUGGUGCUAGGGCCAGGGCCAUCUGGACUCUGCUCCAUCCCAAGGGCCAAGGGCUGGGUUUACCCUUUCCCUAGGCCUAGCGCCUCUGCGUCUUCUAGGUCAGAGAAGCAAACCAGAACCUAUGGCAAUAAUGGGAGGGUGUCUAGGCUGGGCCCCUCCCCAGGUCCUCUCACUGUUUGCUGAAUAAUAAAUGGAACUAUGGCUCUA